GUGGUGGUGAUCUUGUUCCAUUUGAUCCAGAAAUUGAGAGAAUUUUUAGGGAGUUUUUAAGAGAGCAAAAGCAGAACAUCAUGGCAGAAGGUGAAGGACAAAAUAAUGCACGCACUCUUGGUUCAUAUGCUACCCCAUCUCUUGAAGGAAUAACAUCCAGCAUUAGGAGGCCAGCGAUUCAAGCCAAUAACUUUGAAAUCAAACCAGCUAUCAUUCAAAUGAUUCAACAAACUAUCCAAUUCAGUGGUUUGCCUAAUGAAAAUCCUUAUUCGCAUAUUGCUAGUUUUCUUAAAAUUUGCAAUACUUUUAAGGCUAAUGGUGUUAAUAAUGAUUCUGUUAGGCUUACAUUAUUUCCAUUUUUUUUGCAUGAUAAAGCCAAGAGUUGGCUUCAAUCUUUUCCUGCAGGCCAUUUUACCAUAUGGGAUGUUUUGGUAGAUAAAUUCAUAGCUAAAUUUUUUCCUCCUUCGAAAACAGCUAAGUUGAGAAAUAACAUUACUACUUUUGUUCAAUUUGAUAAUGAGUCAUUAUAUGAGGCAUGGGAAAGAUUUAAGGAAUUGGUUAGGCAAUGUCCAAAUCAUGGUUUACCUGUUUGGCUCCAAGUGCAGACUUUUUAUAAUGGUAUGACUCCUCCUAAUCGUUCUAUAAUUGAUGCAGCUGCAGGGGGUAAUCUUAUGAAUAAGACAAAGGAGGAUGGUUAUAAGCUGUUAGAUGAAAUGACCUCUAAUAGCUAUCAAUGGACUAAUCAUAGAGCUACCAAAAAGGAAGUUGGUUUACAUAAUGUUGAUGCUUUUACUUCUUUAUCUGCUCAAAUUUCUGCUUUGAAUAAAAAGUUAGAUAAUUUAGGAGCGUCAGCAAUGAGUAUUUCAUCUAAUAGUUGCUGUCAACUGUGUGGGCAAUUUGGUCAUGCUAGUGUUGAAUGUCAAGUAGGCAAUUCAGUUCAAUCUUCUAAUGAGCAAGCUAAUUUUGUUUCUUCUGGUGGUAGGUCUAAGGGCCUGUUUGGUACAGCGGUUAAAAUUCAGCGGAUAGCGGAUAACAGUGAAAAGAAUCCAAGGGAGCAAUUGAAGGCUAUCACUUUGAGGAGUGGGAAAGAACUUAAAGAGGUAGGACAAUCUGAUGGGAAAGAACAAGGUGUGGAAGCUGGUGAAUCAAAGCAAGAGGAGAAGCCUAAAAGACUUUUUCAUGAUCCGAAUGUCAAGCCUUAUAAGCCGAAAAUCCCUUUUCCCCAAAGAUUUUUGCAAGCUCAUUUAGACAAGCAGUUUUCUAAAUUUUUAGAGGAUUUUGAAAUGCCUUUAAUUCUUGGGAGACCAUUCCUUGCUACUGGUAGAGCUCUUAUUGAUGUUCAACAAAGGAAACUUAGCCUUAGAAUACAUGAUGAGGCGAUUGUUUUUAAUGUGUUUAAUGCUAUGAAACAUUGUGAUCAUGAUGGUAGUGCUGUUUUAAGGAUUGAUGUGGUAGACAAUGUAGUGGCUGAAAAUUUUAAUGCUUCUAGAUUAGAUGAUCCUAUUGAUAAUUGCAUUGUUAAUGCUUUGGAUGUGAAAGCUGAUAGUGCAGACAAUAACAUUUUGGAGGCAGCAACUAUUCUUGGGGAAAAAUGCCAUAGGCAGCCACAAAAAGGAGGGAAUUUUCUGCCCUUAGAUGCACCGUCCACUGUGACAGUCAAGCCAUCCAAAGAGAAGCCUCCUACUGUUGAAUUAAAACCUCUUCCUUCUCAAUUAAAGUAUGUUUAUUUGGGUGAUUCAAAUACCUUACCUGCUAUAAUUUCUGCUUCUUUGACAGGAAUAGAGGAGGAAAAACUCUUAAGGGUGUUGCGAGAACACAAAGGAGCUAUAGGAUGGAGCAUAGCGGUUAUCAAAGGAUUUAGCCCUUUGGUGUGCAUGCAUAAAAUCUUGCUGGAUGAGGGGCACAAGCUGAUGGUUCAGCCUCAAAGAUGCCUUAAUCCUAACAUGCAAGAGGUGGGUGGGACAACUGUGAUAAAAAAUGAAAAUGAUGAAUUAAUUCCCACUAGAAUAAUAACAGGGUGGAGAGUGUGCAUAGAUUAUAGGAAACUUAAUGAAGCUACUAGAAAAGACCAUUAUCCAUUGCCAUUUAUUGAUCAAAUGAUUGAGAAACUUGCUGGACAUGAAUAUUAUUGUUUUUUGGAUGGUUAUUUUGGUUAUCAUCAAAUUCCUAUUGCUCCUGAGGAUCAAGAGAAAACAACAUUUACUUGCCCAUAUGGUACUUUUGCUUUUAGACGAAUGCCUUUUGGUUUGUGCAACGCUCCAGGUACGUUCCAAAGAUGUGUGAUGGCUUUAUUUGCUGAAUUUGUUGAUGAGUUCAUGGAAAUUUUUAUGGAUGAUUUUUCGGUUUUUGGCUCUUCAUUUGAUGGAUGCUUACAUAAUCUGUCUAGGGUGCUUAAAAGAUGUGAGGAAACUAACCUAGUAUUGAAUUGGGAAAAAUGCCGUUUUAUGGUUAGGGAAGGUAUAGUGCUAGGUCAUAAAGUAUCCUCUAAAGGUAUUGAAGUUGAUAGAGUUAAAGUUGAGAUAAUUGAAAAGCUUGCUCCUCCUAAAUCAAUUAAAGAAAUUAGAGGUUUUCUUGGACAUGUUGGUUUUUAUAGGAGAUUUAUUAAGGACUUCUCAAAAAUUGCUAAGCCUCUUACUAAUCUCUUGGUUAAGGAAACACCAUUUUUCUUUGAUGAUGAUUGUAUGAAUGCUUUUCAAUUGUUAAAAGAGAAACUGGUUAAUGCUCCUAUUGUUGUUGCACCUUGUUGGAAUUUGCCUUUUGAGAUAAUGUGUGAUGCUAGCAAUGAUGCUUUAGGUGCAGUUUUGGGACAAAGAAAAGAUAGGAAAUUUCACACCAUUUAUUAUGCAAGUAGAACAAUGAAUGAUGCUCAAAAGAAUUACACUACUACUGAAAAAAAGUUGCUUGCUGUGGUGUUUGCUUUUGAAAAGUUUAGGCCUUAUCUAAUUUUGUCCAAGGUGAUUGUUCAUACUGAUCAUUCUGCACUUAAAUAUCUGCUUGCUAAAAAAGAUGCCAAACCUAGAUUCACUUGCCUAAAAAUAGUGCGUAUUUGGUGCAUCAUUGUCCCACACCUUGACCUUCUACACCAUUAUGGUCAAGCCACCGCCGGCCUCGUGGCUUCAUCACACGUAGCUUCCCCCAACCGUGCAUUGGGCGCUUUGGCGGCCCUUGGUAGUUGCAUCACCUACGCCCUCUGGUUGAUUGUUCAGACAAAAAUGAGUGAGAAAUAUCCAUGUCAUUAUACGAGCACGGUACUAAUGUGUGUGAUGGGAGCAAUCCAAUCUGUCGCUUAUGCAUUAUGCACAGAAAAGGAUUGGAGCCAGUGGAGGUUAGGAUGGAACGUCAGGCUCCUCACUGUGGCUUAUGCGGGAAUUCUUUCUUCUGGGUUGAUGAAUAUGUUAAUCUCAUUGUGUGUGCGAAUGAGAGGUCCACUCUAUGCUUCAAUUUUUAACCCUUUAAUGCUAGUGUUGGUAGCUGUCGCAGGAUCCUUGUUUCUUGAAGAGAAAUUAUACUUGGGAAGCGUAUUAGGUGCGGUCCUGAUUGUGUUGGGAUUAUACAUCGUGCUGUGGGGCAAAGGCAAGGGGCUAAAGAAGAUGACUCAAUUAAUGCCUUCGACGAGCCCUCAAAUAACUGAACCGAUUGAGAUUAUUGUCAAAUCGCCUACAUGUCUUAAAGGUUUAUCAGAGGGAUUGGAAGAAAAAGAAGCAAACGGUAGAAGAGAUGGAAUAGAGGAGAAAGAAGUGAUGGAUGUAGAGAAUGCCUCUAAUUAAAUCAUGUUUUAGAAAUUUAAGCAUCAUAUUUGCUUUAACAAGGUAGGGCUGUUCUAUUUUAUUUAUAAUCCACGAAAUGUGAAGUAUAUAUAUGCUAGUCAUAUAUAUUAUUAGUUAGACAAUGAAUUAUAUAAUAAAAAAUGAUUAUAAGU